ACAAGUAAACACGGCCCUUUUUAUUUUCCCAGUUUGUUCGUCGUCUUCGUCUCCAAGCUUCGCUUCUUAGUUCCAAGUUCCGAAACCCUCCUCUUCUUUCUUCUCUCGCUUUGUCGUCGUCCUCUAAGAUCGGUUUGAUCUACAGUGCCACAUUUUAAUAUCAAGAAAUGGACAUUGACCCGGAAGUCCCAGAAAAUAUUGAAUCGAUGGCCCAUGUGGAUACUGAAAGUAAAGAGGCUGACGUCAUAUCCAAAACAAUGGAACAAUUGGAUAUCGGAGAGCCAUCUUCUAGCUUCAAGAGAAAGCCGGUCAUAAUUUUAGUUGUGGGAAUGGCCGGAAGCGGAAAGACUACAUUUCUUCAUCGCCUUGUUUCUCACACUGCUGCAUCAAAUAUUCGUGGCUACGUCGUAAAUCUUGACCCUGCUGUUAUGACUCUUCCAUUUGGUGCAAAUAUUGAUAUUAGGGAUACUAUUCGAUACAAGGAGGUUAUGAAGCAGUUCAACCUUGGACCAAAUGGAGGAAUUUUGACUUCUCUUAACUUGUUCACGACAAAAUUUGAUGAGGUGAUAUCAAUGAUUGAAAGACGAGCACCCCAGCUUGACUAUGUUCUAGUUGAUACACCGGGACAAAUUGAAAUCUUCACUUGGUCCGCUUCGGGUGCCAUUAUCACCGAAGCUUUUGCAUCAACUUUUCCAACAGUAAUUGCUUAUGUUGUCGAUACGCCACGUUCAUCAAGCCCAUCCACCUUCAUGAGCAAUAUGCUGUAUGCUUGCAGCAUUCUCUACAAGACCCGGUUGCCGUUAAUAUUGGCUUUCAAUAAGACUGAUGUGGCCCAACACGAGUUCGCAUUGGAGUGGAUGAAAGAUUUCGAGGUAUUUCACGCAGCGUUAGAUUCCGAUCACUCGUACACAUCAACGCUGACUCGAAGCCUCUCCCUUGCACUGGAAGAAUUCUAUAAAAAUCUUCGAUCUGUUGGAGUUUCUGCAGUCACUGGCGCGGGAAUGGACGCCUUCUUCAAGGCCAUCGUAGCGAGUGCAGAAGAAUACAUGGAAACUUACAAGGCUGAUCUCGACAAGAGGCGCGCAGAGAAGGAACGACUGGAGGAAGAUCGCAGAAAGGAAAAUAUGAAUAAGCUGAGAAUGGAUAUGGAGAAGUCGAGAGGUGAAACUGUCGUAUUGAGCACUGGUUUGAAGGAUAAGGUGAACACGAGCAUGGAGUGCGAUGGAGAGGCAACGGAUGAGGAUGACGAAAUAGUCGAAGAUUCUGAGAGGUACAGUGAAGAUGACGACGAGGAAGACGAUGAAGAUGAAGAGAUUGCCAGUUUUUCAUUAAAAUGAAUCUCAGGUAUUUUUAUAUAUACAUAAAAACUCUGUUUGCUCUGAAGUUUGAAAUAGGAGUGAGGCUUUAGUAGUUUCUAUUACUUUGAUUUGAGAAAGCUUGGGGUGUUUUUUUGAUGGAUUUGAUUUAAUUUUUAGUUAAAAUUGAUUUUACAUUUAAAAUUUUA